CCGGUGAAGUUGGCUUAGUAAUUUCGUAGAAGCGGCAGGUUUGGCAACCCUGGGCCAGCUGGCCUGUGAGAAAGAAGCAUCUUAGUGUCAGUCUGCGUGUGGCCAUAAGAAGGGUGUAUUGUGCUGCUCCUGGUAUAUAUCACACAUAAUGUUGCGAGGAGCAGGAAGAGCAGUUGUGAGGGUAGUGGUUCAGGCUGGGGGAGCCCAAGGAGGCCUCCUUAGAGCCUCUGUCCCUACUGCCACUACAGUCUCUAGACGCUGGCAGGGUGACUAUGAACGUCACCAGAUUCCUGAGCGCCUUCAGUACAUCCCUGAUGCUGAAGAACCAGCCUUCUUUGAGAUGGUUGAAUAUUUCUUUCACCGUGGCUGCCAGGUAGUUGAGGACCAACUGGUUGAAGAGAUGAAGGACCGUAUUACUCUGGAGGAGAAAAGAAACAAGACAAAAGGCAUCCUAAAGAUUAUGGAACCAUGCCACCAUGUCCUGGAGGUCGCUUUCCCGGUCAAACGAGAUGAUGGAACCUAUGAAAUGAUCAGCGGUUACCGUGCUCAGCACUCCCUACAUCGUACCCCCACCAAGGGUGGUAUCCGUUACUCUUUGGAUGUAUGUGCUGAUGAGGUCAAAGCCCUAUCUGCCUUGAUGACAUUCAAAUGCUCCUGUGUGGAUGUACCCUUUGGAGGAGCUAAGGCUGGCCUUAAGAUUGACCCUCGUGAAUAUUCUAUAAAUGAACUGGAGAAGAUCACUCGUCGCUUCACCCUAGAAUUGGCCAAAAAGGGCUUCAUUGGCCCAGGUGUAGAUGUGCCAGCACCUGAUAUGGGCACUGGUGAGCGGGAGAUGUCUUGGAUUGCUGAUACUUACGCCAGGACUGUUGGGCAUGAUGACAUUAACGCUCAUGCAUGUGUCACUGGAAAACCUAUCAACCAAGGUGGAAUUCACGGUCGUACAUCUGCUACUGGACGUGGCGUCUUCCAUGGUAUUGAAAACUUCAUUAAUGAGGCCUCAUACAUGUCUAUGAUUGGCAUUACUCCUGGAUGGGGAGGAAAAACUUUUAUUGUGCAGGGCUUUGGCAAUGUUGGUCUACAUUCGAUGAGAUACCUGCAUCGUGCUGGGGCUACUUGCAUUGGUGUUAAAGAAGUUGAUGGUGAGAUCUACAAUGCAAAUGGUAUUGACCCUAAGGAGCUUGAAAACUGGAAGAUUGAAAAUGGAACUGUUAUGGGCUUUCCUGGGGCACAGAAAUAUGAGGGUGAGAAUCUCCUUUAUGAGAAAUGUGAUAUCCUGAUCCCUGCUGCCAUAGAGAAGGUCAUUCACAAAGGAAAUGCUCACAAAAUUCAGGCAAAGAUUAUUGCUGAGGCAGCAAAUGGUCCAACAACACCUGCUGCUGAUAAAAUUCUUCAAGACAUGAACGUUCUCAUCAUACCUGACUUGUAUAUUAAUGCUGGAGGUGUAACAGUUUCAUAUUUUGAGUGGUUAAAGAAUCUCAACCAUGUGUCUUAUGGUCGCCUAACUUUCAAAUAUGAGAGAGAAUCCAACUAUCAUUUGUUGGAAUCUGUUCAGGAGUCUCUAGAGCGGCGAUUUGGUCGUGUUGGUGGCAAGAUUCCCAUCGUACCAUCCGAGUCUUUCCAGGAACGCAUUUCUGGUGCCUCAGAAAAGGACAUUGUCCAUUCUGGUCUGGAUUAUACCAUGGAGCGUUCUGCCAGGGCCAUCAUGAGAACAGCAAUUAAGUACAAUCUUGGCAUUGAUCUCCGUACAGCUGCAUACGUUAAUGCCAUUGAGAAGAUCUUCAACACCUAUAAGGAAGCUGGACUUACUUUCACCUAAAUAUAGUCCUGAAAUCAUGAAGACUGUGUGAUCAUACAAGAAAUAAAAAUGUUUGUUAAUCAGAAUGUGGAAUAAAAUGGAGUUCUAAUUUAGAGAGCAUCCAGUGGACCAAAGUGACUGUUUUUACAUGGUGCCGAUGAAUUUUUCUCAGCAUUAACUAUGCUGCUUGCUUUGUUGAGAAUAAUGAUAUGUGUUUACUUGUAAAUAUACAUCUGCACACUUUCUAUAUUUAACAUCAAUAUAAUGGCUUUCUUUAUGUAUGGAUAUUGAAACAAUGCAGAAAUUUUUUUAUAUAAGGACUAUACAGCUUUCUUAUCCAUACAUGUUAUUAGUAUGUAUAGUUAUAAAUGCAUUUCAAUGUUAACAGACUUCUACUCUUCAUGUUUUGUAAGGCAGGUGGCCUUACAAUGGUUUUAUUUUACUAUUAAAAACCCUGUACUUGGGAAAA